UUUUUUUUUCUCCCGUCGCCCGGAUCUCUAGUCAGGCGAACGCGCACGCGGAGGGCAGGCGCGAGGCAGCUCGCUCGCCCCAGCCUGUGUCGCGACGUGUAGAACCAGGCUGGCGCGAAACGCGCUGAGGGAGGGUCGCGAGCUGCGGUGCCGUGCGUGCGUGCGUGCGCGCGCGCGGAUGCCAGUGAGGAUAGAGCGAGCGAGUGACUCGAGCGUGUGGCGUUUCGAAGCAGCCUGCAGAAUACACCCCGGCGGACCUGAGACUUCACGGAGUGAGGCCACCAUUUUUCAUUUGAUCCCCAUGGCUGCAAAACUGAACCCAAACGUUCUCUAUGUGCAGCAGCUCUCCUUGCAGGACUCCAACAGGUUAUCUGCAGCAGAUACGGGCGAGGAGUCGUCUGACAGCGAUGGCGAACAAGAGGGAACAUCACACAAAUUAAUUAGGAAAGUGUCCACCUCUGGACAGAUCAGGGCAAAGAAAAGUGUGAAGGAGGGACACCUGCUCAAACAAUCCAGCUCGUUCCAGCGAUGGAAGAGGAGAUACUUCAAGCUCCGCGGUCGCACUUUGUACUAUGCCAAAGACUCCAAGUCACUGAUAUUCGAUGAAGUUGACCUGUCAGACGCCAGUGUUGCCGAGACCAGCACCAAGAACAUCAACAACAGCUUCACGGUCAUAACUCCUUUCAGGAAGCUGAUGCUAUGUGCUGAGAGUCGGAAAGAGAUGGAAGAGUGGAUUGGGGCCUUGAAAUCUGUUCAGAAAUGGGAGAGUUAUGAGUUCAACGUGGAGCAUUUCUCUGGGAUGCACAACUGGUACGCGUGCUCCCAUGCUCGGCCCACCUUCUGCAACGUGUGCCGUGAAGCCCUGCCCGGGGUUACGUCCCAUGGCCUGUCUUGCGAAGUGUGCAAGUUCAAGGCCCACAAGCGCUGUGCCGUGAGGUCCUCCAACAACUGUAAGUGGACCACACUGGCAUCCAUUGGCACCGACAUCAUAGAGGAUGAGGAGGGGGUGUUCAUGCCACACCAGUGGCUGGAGGGAAACCUGCCCGUGAGCGCCAAGUGCAUGGUGUGUGACCGCAACUGUGGCAGUGUGCGGCGGCUGCAGGACUGGCGCUGCCUCUGGUGCAAGGCCAUUGUCCACAGCAGCUGCAGGGAGCACCUGGGAAAGCGUUGUCCUCUUGGCCAGUUUCGAGUCUCCAUCCUCCCUCCAAUUGCGCUCAACAGCAUUGACUCUGAUGGGUUCUGGAAGGCCACCAGCCCAUCCUGUUCGAGCCCACUGCUUGUCCUGGUGAACUCAAAAAGUGGAGACAACCAGGGUGUGAAGUUCCUGCGCAGGUUCAAACAGCUGCUCAACCCAGCACAGGUGUUUGACAUGAUGAUAGGUGGCCCACAGCUGGGUCUCCGUCUCUUUCGGAAAUUUGAGACUUUCCGCAUCCUGGUGUGUGGUGGGGACGGCAGUGUGGGCUGGGUUCUGUCUGAGUUGGACAAGCUGGGGCUGCACAAGCAGUGCCAAUUAGGAGUUCUACCUUUGGGUACUGGAAAUGAUUUGGCACGGGUGCUGGGCUGGGGUGGCCUAUGUGACGAUGACACUCAGAUCCUGCAGAUCCUGGAGAAGCUAGAGAGAGCCACCACUAAGAUGUUAGACAGGUGGAGUGUUCUGACUUAUGAGGUUCCCAACAAACAGUCCCCUCCAGCUGUGAAGGAAGAAGAGGUUGUAGAUUCUCCUCUCCAGGUGCAGAUGUCAGCAUAUGCUGACUCUGUGGCCUCUCACCUCACAAAAAUUCUGGACUCGGACAGGCACAGUGAUGUUAUCUCAUCUGCAAAGUUCCUUUCUGGGACGGUCAAUGACUUUGUAUCAGAGGUUGGCAAAGCGUACGAGAGAGUGGCAGAGAAUCAGGAGGAGGCAGAUGCUAUGGCCAAGAAGUGUGCCAUGCUGAAUGAGAAGCUCGAUUCCUUGGUGAAGGCUCUUAGCGAGGAGGCAGGCGCCAAGCCAGCUGCCACUGGAAGACAGUCACAACACCACAGACGUGAGAACAUCCAGUCUGGUGCUCCAUGCGUUCCACUGGGUUUCAGAUCCAAAGAACAGCUCAUGUUGAGGGCUAACAGUCUGAAGAAAGCCUUACGACAGAUCAUUGAGCAGGCUGAGAAAGUGGUCGAUGAACAAAACAGACAUACCCAGAUGUACCGAAUGUCUUCUUCGUCCUUGAUGAAGAAGGAGAACAAUGAGGAGGCACCUACACGGCAUGGUCUGAAAAGCUCCACCUCAUCAGUAAUUUUUGAGAAAUCAGAGAGCAUUGGUUCAGUGGUCUUCCUUGAAGAUUCUGUAACAUGCACUGAAAAAUGUGUAAUGAACAAUUACUUUGGUAUUGGCCUGGAUGCUAAAAUCUCCCUUGAGUUCAACAACAAGAGAGAUGAGCACCCAAAAAAAUGCAGUAGCCGCACAAAGAACAUGAUGUGGUACGGAGUACUGGGGACCAAGGAGCUGGUGCAGAAGACCUAUAAGAAUCUUGAACAGCGGGUGCAGCUGGAGUGUGAUGGUGUGUCCAUGUGCCUGCCUAGCCUCCAAGGGUUGGCUGUGCUCAACAUCCCCAGCUAUGCUGGGGGCAUCAACUUCUGGGGGGGUACCAAGGAGGACAGUAACUUUGGUGCACCAUCUUUUGAUGACAGGAAGCUUGAGGUGGUGGCAGUGUUUGGAAGCAUGCAGAUGGCAAUGUCUCGUGUCAUCAACCUGCAACACCACCGCAUUGCACAGUGCCGCCAGGUGAAAAUCACCAUUCUCGGAGAGGAGGGCGUCCCUGUUCAGGUGGAUGGAGAGGCCUGGAUCCAGCCCCCUGGUGUUGUGCAGAUUGCCCACAAGAACCGAGCCCAGAUGCUCACCAGAGAUCGGGCCUUUGAGAGCACUCUGAAGUCCUGGGAAGACAAGAGGAAGUGUGAUGGCUACCGAUCGUCACGACCACGCCUCAACUCUCAGCAGUCUAUGGAGUACCUGACAGAGGAGGAGAAUACCCAGGUGCGGCAGCUGGGACACAUGGCGAACACUCUCAUCUCCAGGAUCAAGGAGGUGGCGAAGACCCAUAAAGUGGUGGAGCAGGAGCUGGCCCACGCUGUCAAUGGCAGUGCUUUGUUCCUGAGUGAGGCAUUUCCCAGCAAGGCCUCUGGAGCUGAUUCAACAACUGCCCUUUUGACUCGCACUACAGUAGUGGACAUUGUGAACAGCAUCAAGGUCUUACAAAUGGAGACAAAGACACUACUAGACGGGAAGCUACUGCAGCUGGAAUCCCACCAUGAGGAGGCACUUCUCUCAGCCCUCAACUCCCUUAGUGCCGAGAUGCAGAAACUUGGAGAUAUUCACUGGAUCUGCCCCAUCUUGCAUUGUUCUGAGGAGGAGGUCACUAAGGGAAACACUAAGAGUAGCAUUAAGCUGAAGAUCAUGCCCAAAAGCAAAAAGGACCGAGAGAAGCUGCACAAGCAGAAAUCCAAUAGCUCGCUGUGUUCCCUAUCUGCGGAGAACUGGGACACGGAGGAGGUAGCGGCAUGGCUGGACUCACUGGGGUUAGGGGAGUACAGAGCGAUAUUUGUCCACCAUGACAUCCAGGGUUCGGAACUUGUUCUGCUCAAGAGGCAGGACCUAAAGGACCUUGGGAUUUCAAAGGUGGGUCAUGUGAAGCGGAUUGAGCAGGCCAUUAAGGCGGUCCGCGCACAGCCAUGAGGGAUGGAUGGUGCGCCGGGCCCAAAGUGCAGAGGGGAGCGCAGAGACACGGUGCCGCGCCGCGCCGCGCUCUCCCACACGCCACACAUAUGAACCACAAUCGGAGGCAUCAGCUAAGAGGAACUGCAUCCCUGCUUCUCAAAUCCUUCUGGGAGCAGGAUUUCAAUUUUGCUCCUUUGUUUCAUUCUUUCACAUGCUGAAGGGGCACACUGAAGACUUUUAAAAAUUAAAAACUUUAGAGGUGAAUGUGAAAAAUUGUGUUAAGACACUUAUCAGUGUUUGUGUAGAAAGCACCUUGAGGAAUAUACCAGUGUAUCGUGGAAAAGCCAAAUGGCCAAGAUAUAAACG